GCAGGUGUCGCCGCCGCCCCCACUCCCGACAGCCGGCCCCGCCCGCGGCCCCGCCCAGCUCAUUUGCAUGCGCGCUGCCCCGCCCGGGGCGGCUAAAGCGACGUGUCCUUGUCCCCCGUGGACAGCUUCGGCGCGUGCAGCCGCGGAUCCCCCAGUUUCGAGGGCCACCACCUCCUGGGACCACCCGACCCACAGAGCCAUGAAGACCAAGAACCGGCCUCCCCGGCGCCAGGCCCGGGACACCGAGGUCACCGCGGGGGAGCGGACGCCGGACGGGCCCCAGGCAGGCGCGGGGCCUGAGCUGGCCAAGGGUCUCCGGAGCAGGGCGGCCCGGGCGGCAGGGGCGCGGGCCGAGGGCGGCGGGCGGCGGCGGCCGGGCCCUGGCGGCCGGCGGGAGAGCAGCGUCCAGCGGCGGCUGGAGAGCAACGAGCGGGAGCGGCAGCGCAUGCACAAGCUCAAUAACGCCUUCCAGGCGCUGCGCGAGGCCAUCCCACACGUGCGGGCCGGCAAGAAGCUCUCCAAGAUCGAGACGCUCACGCUGGCCAAGAACUACAUCAAGUCGCUCACCGCCACCAUCCUGACCAUGUCCAGCGGCCGCAUCCCGGGCCUCGAGGCGCCGGGCCCCGCGCCGGGCCCCAAGCUGUACCAGCAUUACCAGCAGCAGGCGGCCGGUGGCCCGCCCGGUGCCGCCGAGCACCAGCCCCAGGGCCACCUGCACAGGUACUCCACGCAGAUCCACAGCUUCCGGGAGGGCACCUAGCCCAGCGGCGGGCAACCCGCUCACCCCAGCCCUGCCCUCCGCUCUGCCAGCCCCAAGCUCCAGCCCCCAGCACCUCUGCUACUCCCCAGCUCCUCCCACCGAAGCCUCAGACGCUUCCCCGGAGCCACUUCUCCCGCCCUCCGGGAUGAGCAAGGGGCUUGGUCGAGGCCUCGGCUCUGGGCAGCGAGAGGCCGGCCCUGCAGGCGGGCCUCCGGGUCCUGCUGCUCGUGGAGCCCUGUGGAGCCCCGUGGACCAGGCCUUGGCCUAGGCAGCUCAGCUCCGCCCUGCAGCCCUGAGUGACUCGCUCCCGGACAGGGAGAGAGAUUCCAGGAAACCCUCGAUCCCUUGCAAGUUUCCACUGAGGCCUCGACGCGGGGGGCCCUCCUCCAACCGGCAUCACAGGCUGCACCGGGCCGGAGGUGCAUCAGCCUCGUCGCUGGGGCCCGAAGCAAGCCCAGCAAAGCCCAAAGCCCUCCGGGUGGUGUGGCCAAGGCAGACUGUCCUCAGACACCCUCAGACUCGUUCCAAACAGGGGGGCAGCAGCACCCCCUAGGCCGAGUGGGGCCUGGGUCUGCAGCCCUGGGGCCAAGGGGCGCCAAGGAGAUGGGGCCGGAGACAGAGCUGGGUUGUCUCCAGGGACACAAGCGCCCCCAGAGACCCCAGCAGACUCAUUCAUGACAUCUCUCUGUGCCCAGGUGGGACUGUCAGAGCAUGGGCAGUGUGGGCGGCGGGGUGGGGGGCUCAUAGGACCUCAGGAUGUUCGCGGCUGCAAGUCUGGGGUGGGUUCUGGGGGUGUUGGGGUGGUGGUGGCCGGAGCUUCCCUCCCCCACCCGAGGGAGCUUGGUAGGUGCCGCCGCCCGGAGCUCAGCUUCCUCCUGUCGGGGCGUUCCUGCCUCACGGGCUCUGGCAGACUUGGCCACUUUGCUGGCAACCGUGCUGGCAUUUCCCUUCCCUUGUCCCUCUGCCCAGAGCUGUGCCAGAGGCCCUCAGGGCCCGCCCCCCUCCCCCACCAGGCACCGCGGGCAGGGCCAGGCAGCCUCGCCCUCCUCGACCUCAGGGUCGGCCCCGGCCACUCUCAGUGCGGCAGGUGGCUGGCGGCAGCGGCCCUCAGUUCCUGCAAGGUGGCCCGGGGCACAGUGGUCUCCCGUCCGAUCGUGUGCCAUUCCUGCUGGCCCCUGGAGGCCUGGACCGGGCCCACUGCCCCUGCCGGUCUUUGUUUCAAGUAAGGUGGGAAUCCCGGGCCUUCUGGGUCCGCACCUCAGGGGUGGCUGCUGCAGGAGGUCGGCGGUCAGGGCGAGCCUGGGCGGGGCACGGCUCUGAGCUGAGGGUGGCUGGGGCCCGGCGUGCCCUGCUGUGGGGGCCUCCCCAGCGGCCGGGGACAGGCAGGCUGCCACAGCCCGGGCAGUUGCCGCUUCCUGCUGCGCCCCUGAACUUGCUGACAAGACCCUGGGCUGCAGGCCCCUGUGCCUGGUGCUGGCCACGCCCGGCGGCCCAGCCAGGGGCUGUGGUGUGAAGGAGCCUGAAUGUCCACAGGCCCGCUGCAGGGAACUGGGGCCAGGCUUGUGCCUGGCUGGGGAGGCCGGUGGCUGGGUCUCUCUCAACCCUGGCCCUGGCCCAGGCUGGACUCCUGUCCCGUGGGGUUCCUGCUGGGCCCGGCUGUGCCCGCAGGCUGCUCUGAGCCGCCGCCUCGCCACCACGGGAGCCCGACUCGCAAAUUCUCUGUGUGGGAGAACCGGUGAUUGUGGUGCAAACGGUCCUAAAUGACCCAAACUUGUCUUGUUUUUCUAACGACCCCUCCAAAGUGCUGGUGGAAUUGGCGCGGGGUGGAGAACCUGAGUUAGAAGGUCACGGGGCAGUGUCCACUUCUGCCUGCGUGCGCAGUUGCCCGGGGCGCUGUGCGUUGUAAACACGCUGUAUCGGUAAUGGUAAUAAUGAUAAUAAUAAAACAGCAGGCCGUUUGCA